AUGACCGAUUCGGAAAGUGAUAAAUCAACUGUUAUCAAUAGUAAUAAUCAAGCACCGAAUGAGGUAAUAUUAAUUGACUUAUCAGUUUUAAUAAAUUAUAUAAAGCAAAUAUUUGUUGGUGCAAUAAAUGAACAACUUGAAGAUUUCCUUAAACAAACUUCAUCAAUUGAAUCAUUUCAAAAAUUUAUCAGUGAUCCACAAAUAUUAAUAUUGAUUAUUGACCGUAUUAUUGUUCGCGAUACAAAUCCAGAUGAUUCAAAUGAUGAGAUUAGUAUAAUUUUUCGAGUAUCAAAUGAAAUCGUUAAGCGUGCUGAACGAACGACUUCAAUUUUGUUGUUAAAAACUGGUAGUAUAAUUGAGGCCGAUAAACCUGUUGAAGAUCAAUUAUAUUCUUUGAGGAUUCCUGAAAAUAAUGCUUAUGAUGUUUUGCUGUCGAUCUUUGGCAAAAUUGGUACACGUCUUUUCAAAUCAUUGGUUGAUUAUGGAAGAGGCGAAAGGGAUGGUGAUAAACUUGCAUUAUCGGUGGAAAAACAUCUUAGUGAGGUUGAAGUGGCCCUUCUGCAUAUGCAACAAAACAUCGAUAUUCCUGAAAUAAAUUUGGCGAUCAAUCCCGUUAUACAGAGUACAAUUCAGCAAGCAGCUGAACAAGGCCGAAAAGCUCGUGUUUCUGAUUUGGGUGAUUUAGUUGAAAGCUCAGUCUUUUUGAAUGCUUUACAGAAAGGUGUCAACCGAUGGGUGAAAGAAAUCCAAAAGGUUACAAAAUUAGAUAGAGAUGCAGGUUCCGGUACUUCUUUACAAGAAAUGACAUUCUGGUUGAAUCUAGAACGCGCUUUACACAAAAUUGCACAGAAAAGAGAGUCGGAUGAAGUAAUAUUAACAUUGGAAGCUUUAAAAUGUGGAAAAAGAUUUCAUGCUACCGUUUCUUUCGAUGCAGAUACAGGUUUGAAACAAGCCAUGGCUAUGGUGAAUGAUUAUAAUAUCUUAAUGAAAGAUCUCCCUUUAAAUGAGCUUAUGGCAGCUACUCAUAUGGAUGCCAUUCGUAAUGCAUUAAUAAAUAUUUUUACGCAUAUGAAAAAAUUACGUAAUACAAAAUAUCCAAUCGCACGUGCCCUACGCUUUGUUGAAGCCAUUUCAAAGGAUGUUUUCACGCAGAUGCUGAAGGUUUUGGGAACGCGACGUUUAAUGAAUAUCCCUUUGGGGGAUUUUGAUGCGUUAAUGACUCAGUGUUUUUCUGUUUUUUCAACAUGGAAUGAUGAAUAUGAUAAACUUGCUACACUUAUGCGAGAUUUAUCGAAAAAAAAACGUGAUGAACAAUUAAAAUUAACGUGGAGAAUUAAUCCGCAACAUAAAAAGCUAGAAUCGCGACUCGAUCAAAUGCGACAGUUUCGCCGCCAGCAUGAACAGCUACGAACUGUUAUUUCACGUGUUUUACGACCCUCUGGUCUCAAUGCAGAAGAUAAACCGUCUCAUGAUGCGGCUGGCGCGGGUGAUGCGGAGAAAAUGCUAGCUUUAAAUGUUGGAGAUUCUAGUGCAAUUGAUCAAAUAAAUAUGGCAUACGAAAAUGUUAAGGAGGUGGAUUGCCUUGAUGUGAGUAAUGAUGGUGUGGCCGCAUGGGAAGCUGCUUUAAGGAGAUAUGAGGACCAAAUCGAUCGCGUGGAAACACAGAUUACCGCUCGUCUUCGAGAUCAGUUAGGAGGGGCGAAAAAAGCUGAUGAUAUGUUCGCCAUAUUUCAAAGAUUUAACGCAUUAUUCGUUCGUCCUCAUAUUCGUGGAGCCAUUCGUGAAUAUCAAACGCAGCUUAUACAACGUGUCAAGGAAGACAUCGAUCAGCUACAGACGAGAUUCACUAACUUCUCUGAAACUGAUAAUGCAAGAAUCCUUAAAUCAAUCGAUAUUCCACCGGUUGCAGCGUCCAUUAUUUGGAUUCGUCAAAUUGAUCGCAAGCUUACUCAUUACAUGAAAAGAAUUGAAGAUGUUCUAGGUCGUGGCUGGGAAAACCAUGUCGAAGGCCGUCAGUUAAAAUUGGAAGGGGAUAACUUUCGCCAAAAACUUAAUGCUCAAAAUAUUUUUGAAGAAUGGGUUGGUCGUGUUCAAUCCAAAAACAUUUCUUUAGCUGGGCGUAUAUUUAAUAUAGAAAAACGGCAAAAAGAUGGCAAAAUAUCAUUGAAACUGAAGGUCAACUUUUCUCCUGACGUCGUUACUCUCUUUAAAGAGGUGCGAAAUUUGAAACAUAUGGGUUUCCGUAUUCCGCUUAAAAUUGUAAAUACAGCUCACCAGGCAAAUAUAUUAUAUCCAUUUGCGAUUUCCUUAUUAGAGUCGAUUCGGACUUACGACUCUAUAAAUGAGCGAAUUGCUGGUAACGAUGGUAUUAAUAUGUUGAUCGCGUCUUAUAAGAAAGAUAUUCAAAAUCAGUUAGCUGAGGGAAAUAUGUUGAUUUGGGAAUCUUAUAAAAUGGACCCAUAUGUGGUUAAAUUAUCUCAGUCUAUAAAUAUUUACCAAGAAAAAGUAGAAGAACUUGAUCUGCUAAUGACUAGAAUUGAGGUUGAUUUAGCAGCUUUGGAUACUUGCCAGUAUUCGAGUGUUACUUUUGCUUCACUUUUGGCUUCUAUUCAAAAAGCAGUUGAUCAGCUUUCAUUAGGCAAUUUUUCCAAUUUGCAUCAUUGGGUUGAAAAUAUCGAUAAAAAGAUCGAAUUGAAACUAGCUUCACGUGUUGAAGCGGCUAUUCUGUUAUGGACGACGGUUUUAACUCAUGAAGAAAUGGAUGACGAAAAUGAAGAAAAGAUUGUAUUACCAGCUGUGCAACCAGUAUUGCUGGAAAUGCGUGUAACUUCGCAAGUGCUAUAUGUAAGUCCAAAUAUAGAACAAGCAAGAGCUCAAUUACUUGAUCAGUUAUUCUCAUGGCAAUCAAUUAUCACUAAUCAAUCACGAAUAUCGAGUACCAGAUUUCAAUUGGCAUUAUCUCGUGAAAAUACUGAAGCUACAUAUCGUGAUGUUUUAGCUCGUUUGCCUCAGGGUCAAAAAAUUUUGGAACGAGCAUAUACAGCAGUUGAAAAGGUCAUCAAAGAUGUGUCAGAUUACGUUGGAGAAUGGCUACGUUAUCAGGCUUUGUGGGAUCUUCAACCAGAUGUGCUAUACGAACGUCUAGGAAAUAAUGUUUCGAAAUGGAUCCAGACCCUUCUGGAAAUCCGUAAAUCAAGAGCUACGUUUGAUACUCAAGAAACUCGCAAAGAAAUUUUUCCUGUUGUAGUAGAUUAUAGAAAAGUUCAAUCGAAAGUAUCGCUGAAAUACGAUUACUGGCAUCGCGAAAUAUUACAAAAAUUCAGCUGCUCAGUAGGUCAGGAGAUGCAAACUUUCUACGCUGAUAUUUCAAGAUGGCGAAGUGAAUUGGAAGAACAAAGUGUAGAUAGCGGAUCAACGAGUGAUGCGAUACAAUUAAUUACAUAUGUUCAACAACUGAAGAAAAAAACUAAAUUUUGUCAAGAAAAAACAGAACAGUUCCGCGCAGCACAGCGCUUAUUAACUCAACAGCGAUAUCAAUUCCCUUCUUCUUGGUUAUAUUCAGAAAAUAUCGAUGGUGAAUGGUCGGCUUUAACUGAUAUUCUUGAAAGAAAAGAUUCAGCUAUUCAAGCUCAGGUUGCAAAUCUACAAGCUAAAAUAAAAGAAGAAGAUGAACAAGUAGAGAAAAGAACUCAAGAUAUACUUAAUGAAUGGGAUAAAUUAAAACCAGUUCAGGGAUCUCAAAAACCGGUGGAAGCACUAGCUACUCUAAAUGCACUCGAGACAAAAUUAUCGAAAGUAAAGGAGGAUCGGGAAAAUAUGGUUAAAGCUAAAGGAGCGCUGGAAAUUUCUGAACCGAUCAUUACUAAUACUCAUGCCACCAGACUCGAUGUUGCGGUCGAAGAGUUAACUGAUCUUAAAGGAGUUUGGUCAGCUCUGACCCCACUCUAUAAUUCUAUUGAGGAACUUAAAGAAAAAACUUGGUUAUCAGUACAGCCAAGAAAAUUACGACAGAGUCUUGAUGAGCUUCUUGCACAAUUGAAACAGUUGCCUGCAAAAUAUCGGUCAUACGAUUCUUAUGAGUAUAUGAAACGACUUAUGCAUAAUUAUUCAAAGAUGAACAUGGUUGUUGUCGAAUUGAAAUCAGAAGCCUUAAAAGAGCGCCACUGGAAACAUUUAAUGAAAGAACUACGCGUAUCUUGGAAUCUUUCUGAUUUAACGUUGGGACAGAUAUGGGAUACAGACUUACUUCGUUAUGAAUCUGCCAUUAAACAAGUGUUAUUAGUUGCUCAAGGUGAAUUGGCUCUCGAAGAAUUCUUGAAACAGGUUCGUGAAUACUGGCAAUCAUUUGAAAUAGAUUUAGUCAAUUAUCAAAGCAAAACAAAACUGAUUCGAGGAUGGGAUGAUCUUUUCAACAAGCUUAAGGAACAUAUGAAUUCACUUACUGCAAUGAAGUUAUCGCCUUAUUACAAACAAUUCGAAGAAGAUUCUCUUGCUUGGGAAGAAAAACUUAAUAAAAUAAGUGCUUUGUUUGAUGUGUGGAUAGAUGUACAGAGACGUUGGGUUUACCUUGAAGGGUUGUUCUCAGCAUCAGCUGAUAUUAGCACUCUUUUACCUGUUGAAUCGUCUCGAUUUUCAAGCGUUUCAACUGAAUUUCUUUCUUUAAUGAAAAAGGUUACUGCUUCUCCUCGUAUUUUGGAUGUCGUUAAUAUGCAAGGAGCACAAAGGGUUUUGGAAAGAUUAGCUGAUAUAUUGACAAAGAUUCAAAAAGCACUUGGUGAAUAUUUGGAACGUGAAAGAAGCUCAUUUCCACGAUUUUAUUUUGUUGGCGAUGAAGAUUUAUUGGAAAUAAUGGGAAAUAGCAAAGAUAUAAGUAGAAUACAAAAACAUUUAAAAAAAAUGUUUGCUGGUAUAACAUCUAUUGAUGUCGAAUCGGAGAAUACAGUUGUGACGGCCAUUAACAGUAGAGAGGGUGAACGUGUCGAACUCAUUCGGCCAGUCAAUUUAAAGGAAAAUCCUCGAAUUAACGACUGGCUUCGCAUGGUAGAACGCGAAAUGCAGCAUACUCUUUCAUAUUUACUCAGUCAGUCACUUGCAGAUUUCAGCAAAUUCGAUUCUGCUGAGCUUGAAAAAUAUUUAAAUUGGAUGGAUCAGUACCCAGCACAAGUUGUAGAACUAACAGCAAAUAUUUGGUGGUGUAUGCAAAUAGAAAAACGACUAUCUGAAGGCAAAAUAGUUGAAGAAGUGCAAGUUACUGUGGAUAAAAUUUUGUCAAUGCUUGCUGAUAGUGUUUUAUGUGAACAGCCACCGAUUCGGCGAAAAAAAAUUGAAUCAUUGAUUACGGAAUUUGUUCAUAAACGAGAUAUAUGUCGUUCCUUGGUAGCAAAUAAUGUUUCACAUGCAAAUAGUUUUCACUGGUUGAAAUGUAUGCGUUUCUAUUAUGAUUCUCGAAGUACCAGUCCUUUAUCUUGUUGUACCGUGAAAAUGGCGAAUGCCCAUUUCCCUUACGGCUUUGAAUAUCUUGGUUUGCAAGAGAAACUUGUCAUGACUCCAUUAACUGAUCGUUGUUUUUUAACUAUGACCCAGGCUUUGAAUUCUCGGCUGGGUGGUAGUCCAUUUGGUCCAGCUGGUACCGGAAAGACUGAAAGUGUAAAAGCUCUUGGACACAAAUUGGGUCGUUUUGUUCUCGUAUUCAAUUGUGAUGAAACUUUCGACUUUCAGGCGAUGGGGCGUAUUCUCGUCGGUUUAUGUCAAGUAGGAGCAUGGGGCUGCUUUGAUGAGUUCAAUCGCUUAGAGGAACGAAUGUUGUCUGCAGUAAGUCAGCAGAUUCAAACUAUUCAGGAAGCUGUUCGUGCCGGAGGAGAUAUGCAGGUCGACUUAGUUGGAAAAACACUAUCAGUUAAUGCUAACAUGGCUAUUUUCAUUACUAUGAAUCCUGGCUAUUCUGGCAGAUCAAACUUGCCCGACAAUUUGAAGCAGCUGUUCCGUUCCCUCGCCAUGACUCAACCAGAUCGUCAACUUAUUGCUCAGGUCAUGUUGUUUUCGCAGGGAUUCAGAAGUGCUGAACGAUUGGCGAAUAAAAUUGUUCCUCUUUUUAUUCUAUGUAAAGAACAGUUAUCGGAUCAGUAUCAUUAUGAUUUUGGUCUUCGUGCUCUCAAAUAUGUGCUUGUAAGCGCAGGUAAUAUUAAACGCGAGGAAAUCCAAAGAAUGAUCGAUAAUGGUGAAUCUUUUGGCAAUCCAGAAUGUGAUGUUUCAAGUAAUCUCUCUGAACAACAAAUAUUGAUUCAAUCAGUAUGUGAAACACUUGUACCAAAAUUGAUUUCUGAAGAUAUAUCACUUCUAUUUUCUCUCCUUUCUGAUGUUUUUCCAUCUAUCGAUUACAAGCCAAGUCCACUUACACAGUUACGAGAAGAAAUUGCUAAAGUUUGUGAUCAGUUAUUGCUUACUCAGUCGUCAACAGCUGGUGAAUUAGGAUCUACAUGGUUAGAAAAAGUUAUACAGUUGAAUCAAAUUAUCAAUCUUAACCAUGGUUUAAUGUUGGUUGGCGCUAGUGGAAGCGGAAAAACAAUUGCUUGGAAAGUUUUGCUGAAAGCCCUUGAACGGUUGGAAGGUGUUGAAGGUGUUGCACAUGUUAUUGAUGCUAAGGCGAUGAGCAAGGAUGCUUUGUAUGGCACUCUUGAUCCGAAUACUCGCGAAUGGACUGAUGGACUUUUUACGCAUAUAAUUCGCAAAAUUAUCGAUAAUGUCAGGGGAGAAACAUCGAAGCGUCAGUGGAUUGUAUUCGAUGGCGAUGUCGAUCCAGAAUGGGUGGAAAAUUUGAACUCUGUUUUGGAUGAUAAUAAACUAUUGACAUUACCAAAUGGUGAACGUCUGGCUAUACCUCCAAAUGUUAGAAUUAUUUUUGAAGUCUCGGACUUGAAAUAUGCUACACUUGCUACAGUUUCACGCUGUGGAAUGGUUUGGUUUAGCGAUGAAGUGGUUACAUAUGAUAUGCUUUCUGAUCAUUUUCUAAGGAUGAUGAAACAUUUCCGCUUAGAUGUUGAGCAGCCGUUUGAUUUAAUGUCUCUUAAUACCGCAUCGGUUGAAGGAAAUAAUAUUUCACCUGAGUCUGAGCGUGUUUUGGCAAUUCAGCAGAAAUGCGUUCAGUUUUUGGCACAUCAUAUGAGUGCUGAUGCUCUCGUACCUGCUACGCUAAAUUAUGCAAUGUCAGAGUUGGAUCACAUAAUGGAACCGACUCAACAGCGUUUACUAUCAUCCUUUUUUUCGAUGAUGAAAUAUGCUGUUCGGCAGCUAAUUAUUUACGAUAAUAAUCACUCAGAUUUUCCGAUUGCAGAUGAUCAGAUUGAAGCAUAUAUUCUUCGCGCGAUGCUUGUCAAUAUGGUUUGGUCUUUUAGUGGAGAUGGAAAGUGGAAAUCGCGACAAAAGCUGAGCGAUUUCGUGCGACAAUCUUGUACAUUAUCACUUCCGCCAAAUGCUUCGUUACCAAUAAUCGAUUACGAAGCUAGUAUUAUGGGUGAAUGGGUUCAGUGGAAUUCGAAAGUCCCUCAAAUGGAAAUUGAAACGCACCGCGUUGCAGCAGCAGAUAUUGUUGUCCCUACUGUUGAUACUAUUCGUCACGAAAUGUUGCUGAACACGUGGUUAUCUGAACAUAAACCAUUGGUGCUUUGUGGACCACCAGGAUCGGGCAAAACGAUGACUCUAUUAUCCGCGUUACGAUCUCUUCAAGACAUGGACGUAGUUAAUGUAAACUUUUCAUCUUCAACAACACCUGAACUUCUUAUGCGUACUUUCGAUCAUUAUUGUGAAUAUCGUAGAACACCGAACGGUGUUGUUCUAUCACCUGUACAAAUUUCUCGAUGGCUCGUUAUAUUCUGUGAUGAGAUCAAUUUGCCAGCUCCAGAUAAAUACGGAACUCAACGGGUCAUUUCAUUCCUUCGGCAACUUGUAGAAAUGAAUGGGUUUUACCGUGCAUCAGACCAUACGUGGGUAUCACUGGAUCGUAUUCAAUUUGUUGGUGCUUGUAAUCCACCUACAGAUCCUGGCCGACAUCCGCUUUCUUUGCGAUUCUUACGACAUGUUCCUGUCGUUUAUGUUGAUUAUCCUGGCUCUACAUCCUUGAUCCAAAUAUACGGGACAUUCAAUCGCGCUAUGCUUAGAAUGGCACCUGCAAUCCGUGGACUUGCAGAACCGUUGACCAGUGCUAUGGUAGAUUUCUACCUUCAGUCACAGGAACAUUUCACGCAAGAUGAUCAACCUCAUUAUAUAUAUUCACCACGUGAACUUACUCGUUGGGUUCGAGCAAUUAGUGAGGCCAUUUCACCUUUAGAUUCUGUAACCGCAGAGGCACUUGUGCGUCUGUGGGCUCAUGAGGCUUUACGUCUAUUCCAAGAUCGUUUGGUGCAUGCACACGAGCGCGAAUGGACUGAUCAAUUGUUAAAUUUAACAGCUGAGAAAUUUUUCAGUUCAGCUUGCAAUCUUACCCAUGCACUCGAACGGCCAUUAUUGUUGACGAAACAUUAUUUGCCCGUAUCGAAGGAGCAGCUCAAAGAAUAUGUUUCUGCACGUCUCAAAGGUUUUUACGAAGAGGAGCUGGAUGUACAAUUGGUGCUCUUUGAUCAGAUGCUGGAUCAUGUUUUGCGUAUUGAUCGUAUUUACCGUCAGCCACAGGGCCAUCUUCUUUUGAUCGGUGUUUCUGGGUCUGGUAAGACAACUCUGUCUAGAUUUGUUGCAUGGAUAAAUGGGCUAUCUGUUUUUCAGUUCGUUCGACAGUUUUCAAAAUUUCAGCUAAAAGUCCAUUCGAAAUACACAGCAGCAGAUUUUGAUGAAGAUAUGCGUUCUGUUUUACGUCGUGCUGGUUGUCGGAAUGAGAAAAUGUGCUUUAUUAUGGAUGAGUCAAAUAUGUUGGAUACUGGCUUCCUAGAGAGACUCAACACGUUAUUAGCAAAUGGAGAGGUGCCUGGGUUGUUUGAUGGUGAUGAAUAUACAACUUUAAUGAGCCAGAUCAAAGAAGGUGCUCAUAGACAAGGCCUGAUGCUGGAUUCACCUGAUGAACUGUAUAAAUGGUUUACUGCUCAGGUUAUGCGCAAUCUUCAUAUUGUCUUUACAAUGAAUCCUUCUGGUGAUGGCCUUCGUGAGCGCGCUUCAACAUCUCCAGCAUUGUUUAAUAGAUGUGUGUUGAACUGGUUUGGUGAUUGGACUGAUUCAGCGCUUUAUCAGGUUGGCAUGGAAUUAACAAAUACAUUGGAUAUGGAUAAAUCUGAUUAUCAGGCACCAUUUGCUAUUACUGCUGUAUGUGAACUGGUACCUUCACCAAUGCUUUAUCGACAUGCAGUUAUUAAUUCGUUCGUUCAAGUACAUAAUGCAGUGCGUAAGCUGAAUGAAGUAGAGGCAAAACGUGGUCGUCGUGUAAUGGCUAUUACUCCACGCCAUUUCCUUGAUUUUAUUAAACACUAUAUUAAUGUAUUUCACGAAAAAAGGCGGGAUCUCGAGGAUGAAAAACUUCAUCUUAACGUUGGCCUUAAUAAGAUAAAAGAAACUGAAGAACAAGUUCUUGAACUUCAAAAAUCAUUGACGCUUAAAAGUAGUGAACUGGAAGCGAAAAAAAGUGCUGCUAACGCCAAACUCAAGGAAAUGUUGUCGGAUCAGCAGAAGGCUGAAAAAGAAAAAUUGGCUAGUGAACAACUUCAGAAAGAAUUGGCACAAUCACUUGUUGAAAUUGGCAAGAAGCGCACUGAAGUGGAAAAAGAUCUGGCACAGGUUGAACCGGCAGUUGAAGAUGCAAAACAAGCUGUUAAAAGUAUUCGAAAAGCACAACUGGUUGAAGUUCGGUCGAUGGCUGCACCACCUCAUCUUGUAAAACUAACUCUAGAGUCCAUUUGUUUGCUUCUGGGAGAGAAUGUUGGAACCGACUGGAAGGCAAUCAGAGGUGUGAUGGUUAAGGAUGAUUUCAUGCCUCGUAUCCUUGGCUUCGACACGGAUAGUAUAACGCCAGAAACACUUAAAGCUAUGGAAAAAUAUAUUCAAAAUCCAGAUUGGGAUUUUGACAAGGUCAAUCGUGCUUCAUCUGCUUGUGGACCAAUGGUGAAAUGGAUGAAAGCACAAUUGCUUUAUUCUGAUAUGCUUAGACGAGUUGAGCCCCUUCGUAAUGAAUUAAAACGGUUGGAAGAUGAUGCCAAAAUAAAAACUGAGAAGGGAGAAGAACUCAAAAAAACAAUUUCUCAGCUGGAACAUAGUAUUGCUGCUUAUAAAGAAGAAUACGCUCAAUUAAUUGGUCAGGCAGAAACUAUUAAAGCUGAUUUAGCCACUGUGAAAGAGAAGGUUGGUCGAAGUACACAGCUAUUAAAAAGUCUUGGAUCCGAAAGAGAUCGAUGGCAUGGUAGCUGCGAUGGUUUUAGUCAACAAAUGGAUUCUCUAAUUGGUGAUACCUUGCUCAGUGCAGCUUUCUUAGCGUAUUCUGGUUAUUACGAUCAACAUCUUCGAGAUAUGCUCUUCCACCGUUGGAUUUCUUUUGUUGAACAAGCACAAAUAAAACAUCGUUCUGAUUUGGCUCGCGUUGAAUACCUAUCUUCAGUGGAUGAACGACUUGAGUGGAAUAAAAAUGGAUUACCUGUUGAUGAACUUUGUGCAGAAAAUGCUAUUAUGCUACACAGAUUUAAUCGAUAUCCACUAAUUAUCGAUCCAUCUGGCCAAGCGAUGAAAUUCCUCUUAAAACAAUUUAGUGGGAAGAAUAUGACAAAGACUAGUUUCUUGGACAAUUCUUUCAGGAAAAAUCUGGAAUCUGCCUUGCGAUUUGGCAAUGCGCUUCUGGUGCAAGAUGUUGAAAGCUACGAUCCUAUUUUAAAUCCUGUUCUUAAUCGCGAAGUGAAACGUACGGGUGGUAGAACUCUAAUAACUCUUGGAGAUCAGGAUAUUGAUUUAUCACCAGCAUUUCAAAUUUUUCUUAUCACACGCGAUGCAUCGGUUGAGUUUCCACCGGAUGUUUGUUCUCGCGUGACUUUUGUUAAUUUCACUAUUACACAGUCAUCGCUUGAAAUGCAAUGUUUGAAUCAAGUUUUAAGAAGUGAGCGACCUGAUGUAGACGAAAAACGAAAUGAUUUGCUUAAGCUGCAAGGAGAAUUCGCUGUUCGAUUGCGGCAGCUUGAAAAGGCGUUAUUAGCUGCAUUAAACGAAAGCAAAGGCAAAAUUCUGGACGAUGAUUCAGUAAUAUCAACUUUGGAGAAAUUAAAAACUGAAGCAGCUGAGGUAGCACGUAAAGCAGCUGAAACUAAUAAAGUUAUGACUGAAGUAGAAACUGUUUCGCAGCUGUAUAUUCGUUUAGCACAAGCUUGUUCAUUAAUAUAUUCGAUGUUGCAACAGCUCAAUGAAAUUCAUUUUCUUUAUCAGUAUUCAUUGGAUUUUCUACUAGAAAUAUUUACUGCUGUCCUCAAUACUCCACAUUUAUCGUCAAUCACAGAUUAUGGUCAAAGGCUACAAAUCAUCACUUCGAAUCUAUUCCAGAUGGUGUAUCGACGCGUUUCACAGGGAAUGUUGCAUCAAGAUAAGAUUUUAUUGGCUCUCCUACUAAUGCGAAUUGUUUUAAAAGGAAAUUCUAAAGAACCGUCUUAUCAACUUGAGGUUGAUAUUUCCAAAAUGUUUUUGUAUAUUGUGCUUUAA